AUGGAUGAAACACCUCUGUCAACCAAGACCGCGACGAGCGACCCUCCAGGCCAUGAUAUAUUCUGCACGCCCGAAAACAGCAGCUUCGUCCACCAGACCCCGUAUGAGCCCCUCAAUACUGCUGAAAGAGAUAUCCGUCUUCUCAAGGUCUUUCCAGACUCAGGUUUAGGUAUCGUUAAAUGCGACCUUCUACCAAGUGUAAAGCUCGCAGACGUCGAGAACAAAUACCUCGCUCUCUCGUACUGCGCAGGAAGUGCAAAAAAUACCAGAUACAUCAGCGUCAACGGUACCUGCUGCAAUGCCUUUGCAAAUCUUCACCAUGCUUUGAUGGAAGCUCGCCAUUACUGGGAGGCACACAAUGGUCAACAGGAGUUCUUGCUAUGGGUUGAUCAGAUUUGCAUCAACCAGUACGAUCUGGAUGAGAGAUCGCACCAGGUCAGCUUCAUGAGGGAUAUUUACGAGAAGGCGAAAGAAACUCUCGUCUGCUUAUCCACACCUGAGACAAGCGAGGGAGGAAUGAAGCAACUCAUCAAGCUGAGGGAGGCCCUAGAGCGAGAAGAUUGGGACAACUCCCUUUCCAAAUUUAACCUCCUCUUGAUAAACAAUAUAGAGAUCAAGGACGAAGUUUACAAGAGCUGGGCCUCCUUUAUUGAACUUAGAAUGAGUCCAUGGUGGAACAGGGCAUGGGUAUUCCAAGAAUUCAUGGCUUCCGAACAAACGACCUUUCUCCACGGGAGGUCUUCCAUGCCCUACUCAUCCUUCAUGAGUUUAUUCAGAACCUUCAACGGAGGAUGGAUAGUUCCGGGUCGUGACUCCAACGGCUUACACUACGAGGUUAAGCUUUCAAAGGAUGAGCGGGAGAGUACUUUCGGAGCUUGGUCGCUUCUGGUGGCAAAGGCCAACCUGUCAAGGACCACUGAUCUCAAGAUCCUUCUGACUUUAACACAGGAUAGCCAGGCUACGGAUCCAAGGGACAAGCUUUACUCUAUCCUAGGCCUUGUCCACCCUGGAUACGCAAUCGUUCCUGACUAUUCUACCAAUACGGAUUUACACACUCUUUUGGAGGAAACGACCAAGAGAAUAAUCUUAUUUGAUGACAGCUUAGAGGUAUUCUCAUACCAAAAUCGUCAAAGCCUCUUGAGCUCUAACACAGGAGGACUAUUACCCUCUUGGGUGCUCAAUUGGACUAACAGUACAAGUCUUCGUCAGAUUCAUGGUUAUGAAGGGCAUCUCGAGGAUGUAUCAAUCGCCAAGUUAGACUAUGACCCCCAUGCAAUCAUGCAAACAUCACCCGAAGCCGAUUUCUUGCGAAUACUACAUCCACAGGACCUCAAGGCACAAAUCUCGGUUAUUUCACUAUGGGUUGUUUUCCUAGACAAUGGCUUCGGAAGGAUAGGUUCUGGACAGCACCAUGAAGGUUCUCGCAAAUACGUGAUCAAGGUAGGGACUGGUGAACAAGUCAAGAGCGACUGCGAGCUGUGGAUUCUCCGUGGCUCACGAGAACCUUUCCUUCUGAGAAAGUACUAUCACGGGUAUCGAUUGGUUUCCCCUGUCAUAUGUUCUAAUUUGGAUCAGAACUUGGAGUGUGUACCUGGAGCUAUCAAUAACGAUGGAGAAAUCGACAUGAGCAAGUUGAAAGAGACAAGAAUCACCAUAUUUUGA